AUAUGAUGCAAGGUUAAGAAGGUGUAGUGUCUGGACAGGAUCAGAUUAGCCAACCAACUUUAGAAUUUUGAGAAUGCUUUUAGCUUCUUGAACUUUUCAUGUAAAUCACGAAUCGGCCCCGGCAGGUCUGGGUUGGAUUGCUCCAUUGGCAUCUUUGUUGCCUCAUAGAAGCUAAGCAGAAGACAUUCUCACCAGCUCCAGGGACUUCAAAAGAGUCACCUAAAUCACCCCAUGUUGGGCUAAUGGCCAUGUGGCCCACAGACACUGGCCAAAACCCCAAUACACAUCACACCAAUACACAUAAAAAAAAAAAAAAAAAUUGCAAUAAUCGCAGGGAGACGUCACUUCCUGUUUGUUGCUGCCACGCUGUUCGAGUUAGAGCUCCGUCGAGUUGAUUCCUAAUUGCUUGUUUUUUUCUCUUAAAAUCAAAUUUAUAACCUAUCAUUCUCUCUUUUACGGCGGGGGAACACAUCCCCGACAUUAUUUUAUAUAAAAAACACUCGGAUUGCCUUGAUAUCGCUAGUUUUAUCCGACUUCCCGAACAUUCGCUACUAGCUUUAGCCCUUUAGCAAUAGCGGCGUGGUCACACUAGCGUUUGUACUCUUCUCACUCACAAUAUUAUUGUUCAUCUAUACUAAUGGCGAGUGUAUCGAAUGUGUCUCUAUCUUUGAGUGCAGGUGAGGACACGUUCGAGCUGCAUGCGGUGCAGUUGGAGCUGGAGGCCGUGGAACGACAGAUUCGGACCCUUCUGGAGAAGCAGGCCGAGCUACGGGAGCGGCGAACAGCGCUGGAAACAUCCCGUGCUGACGCUCACCAAUCCUCGGUAAGUUUGCAGCGCGAUAUUAACAUUCCUGCUUCCUCUACGCCGUGUGCUUCUCUGCACAGGGCCCGAGCACCCAGAACGCUUUCAUCCCAGCCCUCGUUCACUCCGGCGCCGUCACACCAGGGACCUUGGGUUCUUCAGCAACGGAAGGCGCGAGCCAGGCCUCGGACCAGGACCUCUCCCCCUCUGCCGCCCCCGGUCUUCGAGGUCUCGACGAGGAACCGCUUCUCCCCUCUUCGCGAGGCAGAACGCGACGCCGUGGUCAUCGGAGACUCUAUCGUCCGUCACGUCCACGCUACCACAACCAAAGGUAAGGUGCGCAGUCACUGUUUUCCUGGUGCUCGUGUUCUCGAUGUCGCUACACAGGUUCCCGCGAUCCUGAAUGGCGCUGAGAGCAUCGGAGCUGUUGUUCUGCACGCGGGGGUGAACGACACCAGGCUGCGGCAGACGGAGGUGCUGAAGCAGGACUUCAGGAGCCUGAUCGAGACGGUACGAGCCACAUCGCCCGUGACGAGGAUCACCGUGUCCGGACCGCUUCCGACGUACCGACGUGGACAUGAAAGGUUCAGUAGAUUAUUUGCUUUAAAUGAAAGGCUAAUGUCUUGGUGUACUGAACAGAAGCUGCUCUUUAUAAAUAAUUGGAAUUUUUUUUUUGGGAGCGACCUAGGCUCUUCCUUGCUGAUGGCUUGCACCCCAGCAGAAUCGGAGCUGAUCUUCUGUCAGAGAACAUCUCAAAGACGCUUCGCACCGUAUGACUAGUUCACCGUAGUCAACCGGAUCCGGGCCGUAUCCAGGUGAGACCAAGGACCUGCACCUUGACACGACCACAACGCAGCCCUGAAGUAUCUCCAGAGGAGAACUGGCACCCCGACUAAGCCUGGUUUCUCCCAAGGUUUUUUUCUCCAUUUUAACACCAAUUUGCCACUUGUCUGCCACCUGAUGUCACCUGAUGGAUUUUGGGUUCCUUGCCGCUGUCGCCUCUGGCUUGCUUAGUUGGGGACACUUGACUUGACAUUUGAUAUUCAACAGUGCUUUGAUCUGCCUGCAUUGACACUAUUCUUUAAGAGCUGCUGUGCAGCCAAACAAUGUACCAGUUAUCAAUGUAAAGCUGCUUUGAUACAAUCUAAAUUGUAAAAAGCGCUAUAUAAAUAAAGGUGA